CAACACAUGCUCCCACUUCCCUAACACGGACGCACCAAUUCAAUCGCCUCUCUUUCUCAUCUCUUCUUCUUCAUCUUCUUCUUGGUUCUGUACUUGUGUCUCUCAUUUCCUUUUUUUUUUUUUUUACACCCGUUGUGACCUUCCAAACACAAAGAGAAGCCAUGAAUCUCAUGCUGCUUUUGUAACCAACCGUGCAUUCGUUUCUCCCCUGCUAGCUUUGCAGAGCUGCAGUUUCUUUACUUUUUUUAAAUAAUGGCUGAAGUGGAUUACCAAACAAAGCCAAAUAGUGCAACCACAGCCACAACGAACAACAACGUACGUCUAAAGCUCUUUGGCUUCAACGUCUCAGAAGAAGAAGAGGUAGAUUCAAGCAAAACCAGAUCAGAGUCACCGGAAUCUGGGGUUUUCCCCUCCAGCGACGGCCGGAAAUACGAGUGCCAGUAUUGCUGUCGAGAAUUCGCAAACUCGCAAGCAUUGGGUGGCCACCAAAACGCUCACAAGAAGGAAAGGCAGCAACUCAAGCGUGCCCAAAUGCAAGCAGGUAGAAGCUCCGGUGCUUCUUACGUCCGAAAUCCCAUGAUUUCCGCCUUUGCUCCGCCGCCUCACCUCCUAGCUCCCGCGACUCCGCUGGUGGUUCCGGCAGCGGCGUCCCAAUCUCAUCCUUGGGUCUACGUGUCGAGGGCUGCCCCGCCCUUCCACGUUUCCCACGGCUGCGUCUUCCCUUCUGGUGGUGCCGGGAGAGCACCGGCGACACUAACGUACGCUGGAGGGGAUGUGGUGAGCUUGGGAGAGUCAAGGGCAACGUCGAUGAUGAUGACCACGAUGACUGGGUCUCACUCUCAUUCUCAUUCUCAGGUUCGACCUCAUCAUCAUCAUCAUUAUCAUCAUGAAGCUGCGGUUGUCCCUUCCUUGAGUAGGUUCUCCUCAUCAGGUGGCGAUGGGGAUUGUGGUGGUGGGCCCAAUUUUGAUGAUCCCUUCGGCUUGGAUUUGCAUCUCAGCCUUGCACCAGCUGCGCCUUAGACUACUUUCGCUUUGGCUUCCACUUGAUCCUCUUUGAAAUUUGAGAUAUAUGGGGGCAAACUAGGGUUUAUAUAUCAUCACCAGCCACAGCUCAGCCAUAGCCACACUGCUUGGUUGCUUGCUUAGCUCGGAGCUUGAUGUUUACUUUGCCUAUAUGGCUUGGAAGUAUUGGAUCACCAUCAUGUACAUUUUUCCAUUUUUUUAUUUUUUUUUUCUCUUGAAGGAAAGCUUUUCUCCCUUACA